GUACGAUCUGCACUCAACUUCUCUUCUCUCCCAGGCGCCAUCAAGUUACCUCUGCAGCAGCAUUCUCAUAUCUCCGGACCUAGCAACAGCUCUUCUGCUUGCCAGGGCUCGCACUUGACUUUACAUGGACCAUCUUCAUCCAAUUCUAUGCACCCGGUUGGGUUGGGUGUUGGCAUCAAUGGCGGAAGUGUUGCUGGUGGUGGCGGAGCGGGAACAAGUGGAAAUGUUACAGUUGGUGCCCAAGUUUCUUCUGGCGGUAGUUCGGGUACUUCAUUACUCGGGCAACCUCCUCCAGCUAGUUCGGCUACUCCGGUUAUGCUCACUAAUUCAAUUUCUGGAGCAUUCGGAAAUUGUAUGCCUUCAGUCAACCCGUCUAAUGUCAAUUCCGGUCCAUCUAGUCGCCACUUCAGUAUGAAUACAGGCAGCAACAAUAUCAACAAUCAUCCUGGAAAUUCAGGUUCAAGGUCGCGUAAGCUACUUCAUCACCAACAGCAGCAAUCGCAACAGCAGCAACAGCAUCACUCUGGCCAGAGUCAUUUCUCUCAGCAUUUGCCGGUAUCAAGUUCUGUUCAUGUCGGAGCAGCAUCAACUCUCUCCAGUGGAAUGUUAGCUGGUCAUUCGGUUGGUGCAACGACAGGCUCCGGUCAGCUUAUGUUAGGUCUCAAUGCAAGCGGUACACAUGCCAGACCAACUAGCCUGCAAAUGACCGGAUCUACAAAUUCAGGUCUUCCCUCAGCCACUGCCAACGCUCCCUCUGGAUCAGCUGCUGCUGUUGCUGCAGCUGUCACUGCCGCGAGCUUAAUCUCUGCGGAACUCAGAAAGAAACAGUUGGAAUAG